AUGGCGACUUUCGUCCCUGACGAGCUCAUCUACGAGCCGGACCUGACGAAAAAAGAUUUCCGCAAGUUCAACGCGGUUUUAGCCUUGAUCGACGUCUCCCGAUUCUUCGACCUCUACGAGAAACAUUACAGCGCGGAAAACGGCGGCAGUUUCGCUUUGAUCACCCUGCUGAACAGUUACAUUAGCGUCGUCGUCGAGGAAGUGUACUAUACUAAAGGGGACGUGUUGAAAUUCUCGCGUACGAGUUCCAAAUUGAGUUCUGAACGUGGCGGACUGUUGGUAAUGUGGAAGGUGAACAACAACGACUUCUUCUCCAAGAUGGUGCACAGCGUAAUUUUGAAUGGGCAGAAGAUCCUGGCGAGUAUCGCGAUGGUGAAGAGCAAAAUCGCCGCGCCAAAAGCGGACAUCGCGAUCUCGGCGGGUGAAUUGAUCUUCUCCGUGAUCGGCGACGACAACUCGAGGCAUUUCGUGAUCAGCGGAAUGCCAAUCGAGGAUUUGAAGCAUGCGAGGAGAAUCUGUCUUCCAGGGGACCUAGUGCUGUCCUCCAGCGCCUGGAAGCAUUGCGCGCCGAGUCAGUACGAGUACGUCAUCAAAGACUCCAGUAACAUCAAGGUGAAAGAAAAAAAAAAGAGAAAAAAAAAAGAAAGAAAGGUAUCGGAAAGUAUAGUUAACAGCAGCUUUUCACAGAUCAUCAAGGUUCUUGGUCCAUCGACCGAAGCAGAGAACCCACAGUCCACGUUCUCACCUCCCAGACCAUCAGAAGGGAUUCCAUCCAUCGAUCACGAGAUGAAUCCAGACAUCAUCUCGACGGUCUCCGAUAUUUCUUUGGUUUCCGAAAUCGACUUGACGCCCUUCCGAGGUGAAUACAUUUCGUACGUCUGAAAUUUUUAAUAUUAUACCAAGUAAAUUAAUUUUCCAGCGAGAGUUUCCACGUUCGAAGCGUUGAAACGACGUCUCGGCGUUUUCCUGGAAACUUACAUGAUGACGUCGGUGUUGGACCAGGUAGCCAUUUGCAAACUUUCAGAACUUCUCUAACACGGAACAUAUUUUUCAGAUCGUCAAGGAUCGGCCGCUGGAGUAUCUGACGGAAAUGAAGCGAGUGACGGUCGUCUCCGUCAACGUGUUACCGAGCAAGUGUUCCGACUACGAGCUGAUCUCGAUGGUCGACCAGCUCUACAACCUUCUCCAAAAGUACAACAAUGAUUAUCCUAAUUCGUAAUUAAAAUAAAUACGGAUUUAUGGUUGGAAUAACUAAUUCUUACAUCUGACAGUAAUUAUAAAUAUUAUUCAGCAUUAACCGCAUAACAACCGCAUACAAUUUUGUUUCAGCAUAGUUCAACGAUA